AUGAGUACUGAAAUAGAAGCCCUUCAUAAAAACAAUACCUGGGAUAUUGUUGACUUGCCAGCUGGGAAGGAACCUAUUGGGUGCAAGUGGGCUUUCACUACCAAGUAUCGUGUAGAUGGGAUAAUUGAGAGGUAUAAGGCUCAGCUUGUUGCCAAGGGAUAUACCCAGAAUGCAUUCCUAAAUGGUGAUCUCACUGAAGAGGUAUAUAUGUUCCUUCCUCUUGGCAUCUAUGGCAAGGAAAUGCAAGAUGAUAUUGUGGUUACUAGCAGUGAUAUAGAAGAAGUUAGUGCUCUCAAGAAGUUUCUCAAUUCUGAAUUUGAAAUUAAAUAUUUAGGGAAGUUGCGGUAUUUUCUAGGCAUUGAGGUUGCUAGGUCCAAGGAAG